ACGAUUUAACGUUAUAUGAUUUUAUUUAAAACUAACGUGGAGACCUAUGUUAGUUAUAAAAUCUCUCUUUUGUUCGUCAAAAAUAUUAGAUCCUUUUCAAGUUUUCAGUUUUUAUCAAAAACAAUGGGUAAAAGAACAGUAAAGUUGACAAGGAUGCAAGAAAGACAAUAAAAAAUAUAAUUCUACAAGAAAAAGAUAAUAAGAGUACAGACAGUAAAGUUGACAAAGAUGCAAAAAAGACAAUGAAAAAUGAAAUUCUACAAAAAGAAGAUGAAAAGAGUACAGACAGUAAAGUUGACAAGGAUGCAAAAAAGACAACAAAAAAUGAAAUUCUACAAGAAGAAGAUGAAAAAAGUACAGACAGUAAAGUUGACAAAGAUGCAAAAAAGACAAUGAAAAAUGAAAUUCUACAAAAAGAAGAUGAAAAGAGUACAGACAGUAAAGUUGACAAUGAUGCAAAAAAGACAACAAAAAAUGAUAUUCUACAAGAAGAAGAUGAAAAGAGUACAGACAGUAAAGUUGACAAAGAUGCAAAAAAGACAAUGAAAAAUGAAAUUCUACAAAAAGAAGAUGAAAAGAGUACAGACAGUAAAGUUGACAAUGAUGCAAAAAAGACAACAAAAAAUGAAAUUCUACAAGAAGAAGAUGAAAAGAGUACAGACAGUAAAGUUGACAAGGAUGCAAAAAAGACAACAAAAAAUAAAAUUCUACAAGAUGAAGAUGAAAAGAGUACAGACAGUAAAGUUGACAAGGAUGCAAAAAAGACAACAAAAAAUGAAAUUCUACAAGAAGAAGAUAAAAAGAGUACAGACAGUAAUGUUGACAAGGAUACAAAAAAGAUAAUAAAAAAUGAAAUUCUACAAGAAGAAGAUGAAAAGAAAGUUACAGACUUAAAAGAUGAAAAAAUGGAAACAAUGCCAUCUGAUUUUGAAUCGAAAACUGUUACAGCAGAUGGAAGGACAUCAACUUUGAAGAUUUGUAGUUGGAAUGUUGCUGGUCUUAGAGCAUGGGUCAAUAAAAAUGGUUUAAAUUAUGUCAUUGAAGAAGAUCCAGACGUUUUAUGUUUGCAAGAAACAAAAUGCACAGAAAAUGAUUUACCAGGACAAGUGCUUCAAAUGAAGAAUGGACCAAAAGUUACUAACGUUUCGAAUUCUGGUUACUAUAUGUACUGGUGUAAUGCUAAGAAAAAAGGAUGCAGUGGAGUUUCGUUAUGGUGCAAGCUAAAGCCACUAAAAGUAACCUAUGGGUUAGGCAUUAAAGAACACGACAGCGAAGGGCGAUUAAUAACAGCAGAAUUUGAAAAAUAUUAUAUAAUAACAACCUAUGUGCCUAACUCUGGUCAAAAGCUAAUAAGGUUAGAUUACAGAAGAAUAUGGAAUACAGAUUAUAAAAACUAUGUAGGAGAGCUUAAAAAAAAAAAACCUGUUAUAAUGUGUGGAGAUUUCAAUGUUGCUCAUACAGAAAUAGAUAUUGCGAAUCCAAAUUCCAAUAAACGUAACGCCGGUUUCACGGAAGAAGAGCGUAGUGAUUUCACUGCACUUUUGGAAGAUGGCUACAUCGACACAUUCAGAAAACUUAAUCCGGAAAAAACAGGCGCAUAUACAUUUUGGACUUACAUGAUGAACGCUAGGAGUAAAAACAAGGGAUGGCGACUAGAUUAUUUCAUCGUCACUAAGGAUAUAGAAGACGACAUAUGUGACAGUGUCAUUCGAUCUUCAGUAAUGGGUAGCGAUCAUUGUCCUAUUGUUCUGAACUUGGCUAUUUAGCUUCCACAUUUUCUUACUAUGCAUAGUUGCAUUCAAAACAGAUUUAUUUAGUUCUAAAAAAAAAGUAACUUACACAUUUAUUAAUUACCGUUAUAAAAAAAUCGUUUAAAUGUUUUUUAGUGAUUGCUACAAAGGGUUUGUUGAAAACGUUUAUUAAAAAAAGUUAAAAAUGUUUAUCAGAUGUUACUCUGAAAGAAUUGUGUAAAUUUUUAUUAGUGAUCUAUCUGAAAGAGUUGUUAAAUCGUUUAUCAGUUUAAAUUGUUUGAAAUACAAAAAGUUUUUAAAUUUAAAAAUUACUCUUUUGAUAAUUUUUGAUGGUGCAUUAUGAAGUGUGAGGGGUGAGUGUGAUGGUGCAUUAUGAAGUGUGAGGGGUGAGUGUGAUGGUGCAUUAUGAAGUGUGAGGGGUUAAAACUUCUUUUGAAUCCCUUUAUGGAUGAACUACUGUCCAAAAAUAAAUAAAUAAGCAUUAAUUUAUUGUAAUUUAAAUCUACGAGAAAAUAUUUUUUGAUUAUA